AAUGGACUCCUGCGAGCGUUCCGUAGCCGUGCCAAAGGACGCCCAACGCUGAAGUCUCAAGAGUCCACUGAUACCAAGUGCGAUCUUACGGGCGGCGCAUGGACUUCUACUGGCUCCGCCUUGAAGGGCUCUAUCAUGAACAUGUCUUUCAGCCAGACACAUACGAUCCACCUCAUCUUCCUGGCGUGUUCAAUCGGGGAGACAUAGCUCAUAUCUCGGGUGGUAUUCGUCAGGCCAUAUGGGAGAACCUCGAGCGUCUUGGCCCUCUUACGCCAUAUGAGCGUGACCUAGCUCGAGACGCUGCUGUCCACUCCGUUGGAAAGUAUUGUGUCGUGUUGGAGCAUCUUUCAGGCAAUUCAUAUCGUGUUGCGUACCUUGCGUCGUUCGGUCGCGCGCAGGACGCCAGCACCAUCAAUCCUGGCCUCAGAUGGUGCAUGCUCGCAUUUGCGGGCGGAGAGCCAUGGCCACAGGGAUUUCCGCCAGUGAGCACUUCACCACGCUGGCCCGUCAAUUGCUUUCUCCUUGCUCUGCCUGUCGUGCGGUCCGAUCUCGAAGAACCGUCGCACCUGCGCGGAAGGCCCUGGCUGUACCAUCGUCGGGAGCGGGUGCCGGAGGGCGAACUGCGGCGGGUGGAGCAAAUGAUGAUGGACCGACAGAAGAGACUGCGAAAGCCAGGUGUUGCUCAACAGCUUCGGGAUACCAUCGUGCGGAUGAGCCGGAAACGAUUAUCUAUUGAUGAGGACGAAGAUAUGAACGCAGAUCUUGAACUAGGCAAAGGCGAUACAACUGCUUACCAGGCAUUUUUAACUACUACGAGCGAGAAAGAUGCCGUGAAUGAUCUCUCCGCGUCUGCCGAAGACAUGGACCCUACAGUCUAUCAACGAGCCCUUAGACUACCCCCUAGGUUUCGCCGCCGGCUUCUUCCUGUUUUUCCGCAUGCUCCGAGCACGAGUGAUCGCAACGAGAUCCCCUUAGAUGUCUCGGAGUAUUCGGACGUCUCGUAUCUCCUGCAAAACGCUUCAAGAAGCGCGUGUCUCUCACACGGCUACUACAUCCCUCCUUCCAGCUUCUCCCCUGCUUUCGUGCCUCUUACUUACAUACCUGGGACUCGAGACUUAGCCAACGCUCCGAGACUAGUGGAUGAGAGGCAGGACACCACCAGCUAUGUUCCUGAAUUCAUGACUGAGACCGGGUCCGAGCUGGUCUUUCGUGGUGUACUCCCUUCGGCCCUGAUGAAGCAGUCGCAUGUCGCUUCCUCUGCUCGCUCCUUUGGGAAAGCUCGGAAUGUCCCCCACCCUAACUUCACCCUGGUCGACUACCGCGAACCUGCGAACCCACAACCGAAAAAAGGGCUCAAGCGAAUUCUCGCUCAACGUGCUCGUGCGGAGUGGUUAGCCAAGCGUGCCCAUGCACGCAAGGAAGCUGAACUUGCCCGUGCAGAGCGGCUAGCUAAGCGUGCUGACGCGCAAAAGGAAGCCGAAAGGGCAAGAAUCGCGGUGGUGCUGGCCGAGGCCAAAGCUCGAGAAGAAACCGCAAAACACGAUCCGGAUGUUGACGUCGACAUCGAAUUGGAUGUGAGCUUCGGGACCGAUUCACUGGCCGCAAACCCGGAAUACCGACGAGCUCUCGAACGACUUGCGAAAGCUACCUUCAAGGCAGAGACUGCGCGUCUUAUGGCUGGGGACACCGGCGAGAUUGAAUCUUCGGAACCCCAAUCGAUGAAAGUGGCUGUGGAUGGACAACUCCAUGGACCGAAACCAGAGUUAACGUUCGUACUCGUGGAUUACGUUCCGCCGCCCGAAAGAGAGCACAAAUGGUUCUCGAAAGCGCCAUCUCCGUCUAGCACGAAGAAGAAUAAGAUCGAGUCUGACCUGAAAACUGACGUGAAAGCGCCGGUGAUAUGGUCGGCAUCUUUCGUUCCUCCAUCGUUAUCCAUCCGCCCAUCAAUAGCUUCGCCUCGUGCCCCAGGCUUCAGGUUCGGACCCGCGUCGGAAACGGCUUCCUUCGUCUUAUUGCAGUACAAGGGCCCUGAUCCUCACCCUCUGAAGCGUUUCUGUCGUAGAGCGCGUAGUAAGCCAGCCACAUCUGCCCCAAAACCCAAGUCGCCCCCGGCGCCUUCCCCACCUAAGAAAAAGAAACCACCCUUGACGUACUACCAGACCGCUAAACAGGCCGCGAUCCAAGAUAUAGAACGUGCAAAGGUAGAUCACGAGCGCGAGCGAAAGAAAGACAAGAAGAACGGAGCUUCACCGACUCAACCACUGUCGGCCAAAUCGCGAAAAAUUGGACCUACCGGCAGUGGUCACAUCUCGAUCCUCGAGACCGCGUCGUGUCCAGACUUAGGAAAUCAAGGGUUGCGCAUAUGGCUCAUCACAAUCACCAGCUCGAUAGCAGCGUAA